UGAAGUGCUCUGAAAUAGUCAACUGCUGCAGAGUUUAGCGUCAGCGUUCAACUCGGUUCAAUUAUAAAGAACAGAUUCCGGUUAUAAAGAAUGGACCUAAUGUCAACGAAUAUGAUUGAAACGAUUAUUGAGACGAAAAAGGACGCAGAAGGCAAGAAUAAAACGAAAAUUUAUUGUACAUUCUGCCCUUCAAAAAUGCUUAAUGCUGGGACUGCCAGGUUAAUAAAUAUGGAGUUUGCGUUACCUUAUAUUCAUAGCAAAGGAGAAGGUAAAGACAAUCAAUCAGAAGUUAUUUCAAACUACUGGUUAGUAGAAGAUAUGUAUACCUUCGAAAAUAUUGGUGUAUCGCACACAGUAGAUAAUGUCAAGUACCUAGCUUGCGCUGAUUGUGAGAAGGGACCAGUAGGAUGGCAUGAUUUGUCUACCAAAAAAUCAUAUAUUGCAUUGUGUAGAGUCAAACACGAAUGAAUAGAGAUAUAUAUGUUUAUUUAUAAAAUAAUUUUAUAAUUUUAUAUAUGUAAUGUGUAUAAUUUUUUAUAUGAGCACAAGUGUACAGAAAUAAUAAUGUUAUAUAAAUAUCAAAUAAUAGUUAUGUAAUUAUAUGGGUUUUUUUUUAUACAAAAGCUACUCUAGAUUUUUAUAUCAAAAUAAAUUAACGUGUAUCUUUUUUAAAUUAGUCAAAUAAUUAUUUUAAAGAUUAAAAAAAUUCCUAUUUAUAUAAAACAACUCAUAAAUAUGAUAUUACUUUAUGUCAAGCUUAGAAUUAUUUUUAUUCCAUAUAUAAUAAGGAAUUGUGUCAAUGUUAUACAAAAGUAAUAAUCUAGUUAAGAAUAAGAAUAACAAUUUGUUUAUUUUAGUUGAUAAUGUUUUAUUAUGUUACAAAGAGUCAAUAAAUCAAAUAAUAAAUUAUUGAUAUAUUUUAAUAAUCAAA